AUGUUAUAGAUGCAACUUAUUAAUAGUGUGUUAAGCAUUUAUAAUUCAGUCAGAAGAGACUUGUUGCCUACUCCAUCAAAAAGUCAUUACACCUUCAAUCUCAGAGACAUAAACAAAGUGUUUUAAGGAAUUUGCAGUAUCUUACCUAAAAACUGUUAAGAUCCUGCUCAAUUAGUUAAACUAUGGUAUCAUGAAAAUAUGAGAGUAUUCCAUGAUAGAUUGAUUAAUGAAUAAGAUCGAGUCUAUUUCAAAUAACUACUCACUCAAUUCUUCGUUGAUUUUGGAUUGAAAUAGGAAGAAGUAUUAGAUUAGGAGAGAAUAUAUCUUUUAGACUUAGAUGUGAGACCAUAUGUUUAAGUAUAAGGAGAUCUUCAAUAUUUUGUUGGGUAGAUGGAAGAAUUAUUGGAUUAAUAUAAUAAAGAUGUUGGAAGUGGCAAGAAAUAGAUGAAAUUAGUUAUGUUCUUGGAUGCUUGUGAACACAUAACAAGAAUUAGUAGAAUUCUAAGACAACCUGGUGGAAAUGCUUUAUUGCUUGGUAUUGGUGGUAGUGGUAGAUAAUCAUUGACUAAGAUGGGUACUUAUUUGUAGAAUUACAAAUAACAAUAGAUUGAGGUUCUUAAGAAUUAUAAUAUGAGGGCUUGGAGAGAUGAUGUCAAGAAGAUUAUUAUGUUGGCUGGUGUUGAAAAUAAGUGUGUUUCAUUUGUGUUUGUAGAUACUCAAAUAAUCAAUGAAUAGAUGUUGGAAGAUAUCAAUGGUAUUUUGAAUUCUGGAGAUGUCACAAAUCUCUACAAUGACAAAGAUAAUGAGGAUAUCACUUAGGCUUGUAAAGCCGAAUGUAUUAAAAAAGGACUUCCUCCUAAUAGAAUGAAUAUCUUCUCUGUCUAUUUGGCAAGAGUCAAAAAGAAUAUGCAUAUGGUUAUUGCCAUGUCACCAAUAGGAGAUGCGUUUACCACAAGAUUAAGAAUGUUCCCAUCUUUAGUGAACUGUUGUACUAUUGAUUGGUUUACUGAAUGGCCAGAAGAAGCACUUGAAGGUGUUGGAAGAGGAUAACUCGUAGAAGUGGCUUAACAAUUAGAUUUGGAUAUCAAAAAUACAAGAUUGGUAGAUAUGUUCAAGUAUAUGCAUAAAUUUGUUGAAAAAUUAUCAUUACAAUAUAAGUCUGAACUUAGAAGAAUUAAUUAUGUUACUCCAACAUCUUAUUUAGAAUUAUUGAGUUUAUACAUCAAUAUUGUACAAGAUAAAAGAAAUGACUUAAAAGCUUAGAUUCUUAGACUUAAAAAUGGUUUGGAUAAAUUAUAAGAUGCAAAUAAGGCUGUAGCUGAAAUGAAAAUAGUCUUGGAGAAAAUGUAGCCUGAAUUAGAAUAAGCAUAAAUUGAAACAACCAAGAUGAUGGAGCAUUUGAAAGUGGAAAAAGAAGAAGCUGAUCAAACUUAAAGAGUUGUAGCAGUGUAAGAAGCUGAAGCCACUCAAUAAGCCAGAGAAGCUAAUUAAGUUGCUUAAGAGGCAGCUGAAAGAGUCAGAGUGGCAAACGAAGAGUUAGCCCAAACAUUAUUGAAAGUGAAGGAAUUAUAGAAGGAUCACUUGGUUGAAUUGAAAUCAUUAUCAUCUCCACCUGAGGCCGUCAAAGUAGUUUUAGCAGGUGUUGUCAUACUUACAACUGACUACAUUAAGAAGUCUGGAGGUGAAAUUAUCACUUAGCCAGUACCUAAUUAAAUUGGUAAGAAGGAGGAGAAUUACUUUGAAACAGCUAAGAAAUAUUUACUUAAUGAUGUAAACUCAUUGUUAUAAAUGUUGUUGGAAAAGUUUGAUAAAGAAAAUAUCAAUCCAUCUGCUAUUAUUAAGAUGGAAUAGAAAGUUACUUGUCAUCCAAAAUUCAAUCAGAAUGAUGCAUUCCAAGGAUCCAAAGCUACAGGUUAUCUGUUUGGAUGGUGUAAAUGUAUGUAUGACUUCUACAAGGUGUAUACUGAAACUAAACCUUUAAGAGAAAAGUUAGCACUUAUGACCAAAAUUGUGGAAGAUAAGAAUAAAGAAUUAGCAAUUAAGAAAAAGGAAUUGGAUGAGAUUAAUGCAAAGAUAAGAGAAUUGUAAAGGGUAUUCGAUGAUAAAAAGAAAUAAUAAGAAGAUUUAUAGAAGAAGAUUAAAGAGUGCGAAGUUAAAUUAGAGAGAGCUUAAAAGUUGACUGAAGGUUUGAGUGAUGAAAAGGAGAGAUGGGCAAAAGAUAUUGAAAGUCUUACUAAUAGCGGUGGCUUAAUACCUGGUAAUUCUAUUAUAGCUGCAGGAAUGGUUGCUUACUCUGGACCAUUUAUAUCAUAAUAUCGUAUCAGAAUGGAAUAAGAUUGGAGAGCUAAAUUAAAGGAAUAUAACAUUCCUUUCUCCGAUUUAAUUACAAUGAGGAAAUUCUUAGGUGAUGAAGUUAAAAUUCAAUCAUGGAAUAUUUGUGGAUUACCAAAGGAUGACACUUCAAUUGAAAAUGGUAUCAUAAUAGACAAGAGUAGAAGAUGGACUUUGAUGAUUGAUCCAUAAUCUUAAGCUAAUAAAUAUAUUAAAACUAUGGGUAAAGACUUACCAGAAGGAUUGGAUGUCUUAAAAUAAUCAGAUUAAAAUUUGAUGAGAACUUUGGAGUUGGCUAUUCAAUUUGGUAAAUGGGUUUUGGUUGAAAAUGUUGGAUUAUCGUUAGAUCCAUCUUUGGAACCUAUUCUAUUAUAAUAAAUCAGUAAGACUGGAACAUCUGCUACAAUACAAAUUGGAGAUAAGAAUCUACAAUAUAAUUUUAGUUUCAGAUUCUUCAUGACAACCACUCUUCCAAAUCCUCAUUAUUCUCCUGAAACUUCAGUUAAAGUAACCAUUAUUAACUUUGCAAUUACUCCACUAGGAUUAGAAGAACAGAUGUUGGCAUAGAUUGUGGCAUUAGUGAAUCCUAAUUUAGAAAAUAAAAAGACUGAAAUAGUUAGAAAGAAUGCAUAAGAUAAGAAAGAAUUAGUUAACAUAGAAGAUAGUAUUUUAAGAAGUUUGUCUGAAACCAAGGGAGAUAUUUCAGAAAUAUUGAUGGAUGAGACUCUCAUCAAUAAAUUAUAAAAUUCAAAGAAAUUUGCUGCUGAAAUUAAUCAAAGAGUGAAGGAUUCUAAAAUAACUGAAGCUCAAAUAGAUGAAGCUAGAGAAUCAUAUAGAUCAGUUGCAUUCAGAGCUUCAUUACUUUUCUUCUGUAUUAUAGAUUUAUCUACAAUUGAUCCAAUGUAUUAAUACUCUUUAUAAUGGUUCAUCAAUUUAUUCACUUUAGGUGUUUAAAAUGCACCUGCAUCAUAGGUGUUGGAAGAGAGAUUGGUUCAUCUCAAUAACUUCUUCACUUACAUGUUAUAUGAAAAUGUUUGUAGAUCAUUAUUUGAAAAGCACAAAUUACUAUUUUCAUUUAUGCUGACAUAUAAAAUACUGAGUGCUGCUCAUAAAAUGAAUGAAGGAGAAUGGAGAUAUUUGUUAUAAGGUGCUACAGGAGAUGUUCAAUUACCACCAAAUCCAACUGAAUGGAUUAGUGAGAAUACUUGGCCAGAGACUUAUAGAAACAUCUAUGGCAUGUCGGAAUUGAUCAAUUUUGAUGGCAUUCUAUCUGAUUUCAUGAGUAAUUCUGAUAAAUUUAAAACUAUUUUUGAUGCUCCUAAUCCUCAAGAUAUUGAAUUCCCAGAACCUUGGAAUGAGAAAUUAGAUUCAUUUUCAAGAAUAUUGUUAUUAAAAGCAAUAAGAAGUGAUAAAGUGAUUCCAGCAAUUCAAAAAUGGAUUAUUGAAAAAAUGGAUGAAAAAUUCAUCAUCCCACCUACAUUUGAUUUGAGUAAAUGCUACAAAGAUUCCACUCCUAAUACACCACUCAUAUUUGUAUUAUCUCCUGGUUCUGAUCCUAUUGCAGAUCUAAUGAAAUUUGCAGAGGAAAUGAGUAUGACUAAAAGAAUUGAUUCUAUUUCUUUGGGUUAAGGAUAAGGUCCAAAGGCUGAGAAAUUAGUUAAAGAUGCUCUAGGCAGAGGUGGAUGGGCAUUGUUAAUGAAUUGUCAUUUAGCAACAUCUUGGAUGAAUGAUCUUGAAAAACUUAAUGAAGAAAUGUAAGAUUAAGGAACAAAAGAUUUUAGAUUAUGGUUAACAUCCAUGCCUUCAAAAUCAUUCCCAACAAUUGUAUUAUAGAAUGGUGUUAAAAUGACACUUGAACCACCAAAAGGUCUUAGAAAUAAUAUGCUCAGAACUUACACCUAAUUAGAUGAUAAAACACUAAGUGAUUGUAAGAAACCUGAGGAAUUCAAGAAAUUAUUAUUCGGAUUCUCUUUAUUCCAUGCAAUCAUUUAAGAAAGAAGAAAAUUCGGAGCCAUUGGAUGGAACAUUCCUUAUGAAUUCACUAAUGAAGAUCUCACUGUAUGUAGAAGACAACUAAAAAGUUUAUUAGAUGAUUAUGUACUCAUACCAUUCAAAGUUAUCAAUUAUCUUGGAGCAGAAAUUAAUUAUGGUGGUAGAGUUACUGAUGAUAAGGAUGUUAGAUUAAUUAAAACCAUUCUGAAAUUAUAUAUUUCCUAAGAAGCAUUAAAAGAAGGCUAUCAAUUUUUAGUCCCUACGUAUUACCAACCCAAUGUAGGUGAAAGAUUGAAUUAUAUAGAGUACAUUGAAAAAUUACCAUUGAAUCCUGAACCAGAAGCAUUUGGAUUGCACAGCAAUGCUGAAAUAACUAAUGCUUAGAAUGAAACUAGAAUUCUUUUAGAAACUCUAUAAUCUAUUCAACCAAGGACACAAUAAGGAGCUGGAAAAUGCAGAGAAGAUGUUAUUGAAGAAUUAGCCAAUUUCGUUGAAUCUAAGACUCCUGAUUUAUUUGAUAUUGAUGAAAUUUCAAUCAGGUAUCCUACUGAUUACCAAGAAUCCAUGAAUACUGUUCUAGUUCAAGAACUUAUUCGUUACAAUAGAUUACUAGCCAUUAUGAAAACUACACUCUCCAAUGUUAAAAAAGCACUUAAAGGACUAAUUGUGAUGUCUGAAGAAAUGGAAAAAUUAUCAAACAGUCUUUACGAUAACUAAGUGCCUCAGUUAUGGGCAGAAAAAGGAUUUCUAAGUUUGAAACCUUUGGCCUCUUGGACUUAGGAUUUACUAGAUAGAAUUGCCUUUCUUAAACAUUGGGUAGAAAAGGGAACACCUAAAGUAUUCUGGAUUUCUGGUUUCUUCUUCCCUUAGGCUUUCAUUACUGGUAUGGUACAAAACUACGCCAGAAAACAUGUCAUUGCUAUUGAUAAAUUACAGUAUGAGUACAUAGUGUUGGACACUCUAACUCACACAGGUGUAACUGAGAAACCAGAAGACGGAGUCUAUAUUUAUGGAAUUUUUCUUGAAGGAACUAAAUGGGAUUAUAAGAGACAUUUGAUAUCGUAACCAAAAGUUAAAGAAUUAUAUUCUGAUUUACCUUUAAUGCAUUUGCUACCAUAUGAUCCAUCAUAAAUUGAAGUACAACCAAAAGAUCCAAAAGAAAAAAAGAUAUACAAAUACCAAUGUCCAUUGUAUAAAGUAGUUUCAAGGGCUGGUACACUCUCAACAACAGGACAUUCCACCAAUUUUGUCAUGCCACUUGAAUUGCCAUCAAGAGAUGAUGAAGAUGUUUGGAUUAGAGCAGGUGCUGCAGCUUUCUUAUCGCUAAGAUAUUGA